AUGAAUUACCAAGUAUGGGUUUUUGAGACUGCUAUGAAGUUAUCGAUCCUGUUAUCGCUUUUUAUUUAUGCUUCAUCUGCUACUAAUUACACUGUUGGUGGCGAACUGGGAUGGGAUUUGGAUUCUGAUAUCCAAACUUGGAGCUCUUCACGUAACUUUAGUGUAGGAGAUACACUAGUGUUCGUGUAUACACCUGUUCACAAUGUGCUGGAAGUGGACGAAGUUGGAUACAACGCUUGUGCCUCAGACGACCCGAUCAGUGUAGCCGAUGAUGGUAAUACUACUGUCACUCUUGACAGUUUCGGUACUAGAUAUUCAUUUGUGGAACUUAUGGUCAUUGCGGCGCUGGAUUAA